UUUGCAACUGCAAUGGCUAAGAGAUCGAUUAACAGAAAAAAGGAUAGGAUUAGCGAUCUUCCUGAUCCAAUUCUGUGUCACAUUCUCUCUUUUCUCCCAACCAAAUUAGCAGUCACCACAAGCAUUCUCUCAAAGAGGUGGAGACCAAUAUGGCUUUCUGUCCCCACUCUCGAUCUCAUGGAAACUCCCCCAUCCCAUGUUAUAGGUUCAGUUUUGCAAUCGCGAGACAUCAAAUUGCCUAUACUAUUAGCCCGGCACAAAUAUUCUUAUGACGAACCCAAAGUUUUGAACCAAUUUAUUUUAGCAGCAACACAAAGAGGAGUUCAAACCCUAGAACUUGACAUGGUGGGAUCCUCUUUGGAGGUUGAAUCAGUUUCUAACAUACUCACUUGUAAGACUCUUACUCUUCUCAAGUUGAUGUGCCUCGUGAUUAUAGAAGACAUUCCUCAAAUAAGUGUUUCUUCUAUCAAAACUCUUAAUUUGGAUAAGAUUAUUCUUAUGAGUGAAGAUAGGCUCAGUUUUUUCUCAGUCUUUCCCAAUCUAGAGGAAUUGCAUGCAAUUGAUGUAUUUGUAGUUGGUGGGAGGUAUUUUAUUCCACAAACAGAGGAAAUGAAAGCAAUGAAUAAGUGUUUGCCCAAAUUGGUGAGGGCUAAUGUUUGUAACAUGGAACUUAUUCCUUUCUUCUCCUUUUCCCGGGUACUCAUUCUCAAUGUCGAGCAGACACUGCGCUAUGUCAUGGUCCAAGUCCCCAUCUUUAACAAUCUAACUCGAUUGGAACUAAUCUUUAACUUUGACGAAAGUUGGAUGGGAGAGCGGAAGUGGAGGUGGAUACUAAAAAUGCUUCAACACAGUCCCAAACUUCAACAUCUUAUCAUUCAUGAGAAAAGUGUAAUUGGAAUAGAUGAGAAGAAUUGGAAGGACCCACCUAUUAUCCCGGAAUGUCUUUCAGCUCAACUCAAAACUUGUUUGUUUAGGCAAUAUAGAUGCACCAAGCCUGAACUUCAAUUUGCAAAAUAUAUAAUGCAAAAUUCAAAAGUAUUACUUACCAUGACAAUUCAAAGCUCCUCUUCUGUAAAUUUAAAAACAAAGUAUCAAAUAUUACAAAAAUUAUCUGAGUGUCUAAGGGUUUGUAAACUUAUAUUCAAUUGAGGAUGGGUGGGCUAAUAUAUAUUUGAUUGAUAGAGUGAUUUGAUGAUGUUUGAAAACACAAACUUAAGUUUGUUUUUAUCUUAUAUGUCGAAUAAAUUUUCAAUUAUAUAUAGAUUUUAUAUAAUUUAUAUCUAUUUUAGUUACUUUUUGAGUUUGUUGUCUCUGCAUCCUUGACGCCACUAUUAAAUUUUGAUGGUGGGAUAUGA